AUGAGUGUCUAUCACAGCCACAUGAGCUCCUUCCAUAUGGAUGAUGAGGGAUCUCAGAGUCUCUCGCAGAUACGCGCGCGGCAUGCCAUCCGUUUGGAUUCACAGCCUUUUUUUGGAGGUGAGGACAAUGUCGAGGAUGUGCCUGUCUGCUCUAAGGGCGAGCCCUCCACACCCGUACAAGGUAUGUUGGCUGCUCGUGAUACUAAUGUGAUACGACAACCAACCAUAAAGUCAUUAUCAAAGACUUCAGCCUCUCCUUCUUUCGGAGAAGAGCACAGCCGGAGCGCCCACGCAGCAGGGGCCUUCCCUGUUCUAAACCCACCGCUUCUCCCGGUGAAGGCGUUUACCACGAAUGCGCUUAAUACCGGCCGAGCGGAUCCUUCUAUCUCGCGAAGCCGCGAGGCUUCCUUAUCCUCGCUCUUGGAUCUCCGCUCGUUUUCUCAUUAUCAUGUGAGUGAAAAACCAGCGGAGGGGAUGCGCGUUGGAGAAUCUCCUCGCUGCGUGAACGAUGAACUGCUUCUGAACGAAUCUACGGUGAUGGAGGUAGAUCCAAAUGUUGUUGUAGAGGCUUCUGUCGGAAUGAUUGCGCCUAUCCAAAACACCGUAAAUGACGUAGAGGACGCUUCAACCUUCAACAACGAAGGUUCGUUAAUUGCGCGGCGACAAAAGUCAUCGGUGCCGCGGUCGCCUGUACCGCGCACGGAUGCUGCUUCAUUCUUCAAUUCCGAGAGGUUAUUUUCUCCGAACGGGAAGGAUCCAACCCCCACCAUCGCCCAUCUCGGGGUGCUUGGUGAAGCUGCCGGCGUCCGUGCGAACGCGUCUCUCUCCAUGGAUUUUGAAGCGAAGCAUCCAAAAGAUCCCACGUCGGUCAGUAAGGACCCCCCACGGCCACUCUGUCAUCCCCUUUCGGAGCCCUCGCGCGUUUCCUCUUCCACCCCGCUGCGGCGCCGUUCCUUUGUGUUACCGCGUUUUCCUUUUCCGAGUGAGCGUCCCUUGGGGGAGGGGUAUUUUCCCCUUGAAACCCGUCUCACCCCCCCAGCCGUAGAAGGCGAUGGGUCGGGGAAAGGGGCCCGCGUUGAGGGCUCGCCGGUGCCCUCCGCCACCCCCGCCGGUGUCAUCACCGCGCGGGUCACAACCCCGGCGUCGUCGAUCUCGCUCGAGCUCACGCCGCCAACGAGGCAUUUCAGCGGGGUUGAGGCGGUGCGGCAGUUUCAUUCUGCCGUCCGCCGCGUGGCCCACGCGCUACAACCCGGACAGGUCAUCGAGGCCGAAAAGCACGCCCCCCUUGCGAUGAAAGGGGACAAUUCGAGGACGCCUCCCCACCCCACGACGUCCCCCUUCGGGGGGCCCCCGCGUCGCCUUGCCUUUCCCCUCCCAGCAUCCCAGCCUGAGGAGGCGGAUGAGUGCCCUCUGAGCCCGUUCCCACGUCCUGUGGGGGGGGCCGAAAAGGCGUGUGACAGCCCCCCCCCUCGGACCACCUUCAGACAGGCCUGGACGAGUGGGCCCUCGAGGGCAUCCCGCGGAGUUGUGACACAACACACCCAACCGCCACCAUCCCUAACGCGUUGCACCCGGGGACCGCUCCAGCGGCGGAGCUCGCGAAGGUGGAGAGAGGGCUCGAUUGCCCCUCUGCUCUUCAAGACAGUGGCACGGCGCCGGGUUCGUCUUUGGUGUUGUCGCUUUCCUCCGAUGUUUCACCCCAGAAGUCCUCACCUUGGAUAUCCUACCGUGGAAGUGAUGGCAAUAACUUCAAUAACAGCAACGGCAGUAUUACCGCUGCGAUGA